AUGGAGGUCCUGCGCCGCUCCUCGGUCCUUGCUGCAGAGAUCAUGGACGCCUUUGACCGCUCGCCCACCGACAAGGAGCUGGUAGCCCAGGCCAAGGCGCUGGGCAGGGAGUUCGUGCACGCGCGGCUCCUGCGCGCCGGCCUGGCCUGGAGCGCGCCCGAGCGCGCCGCGGCGCCGGGGGGCCGCCUGGCGGAGGUGUGCGCAGUGCUGCUGCGCCUGGGGGACGAGCUGGAGCAGAUUCGGCCCAGUGUGUACCGCAACGUGGCCCGCCAGCUGCACAUCUCCCUGCAGUCAGAGCCUGUGGUGACUGAUGCGUUUCUGGCUGUGGCAGGCCACAUCUUCUCAGCAGGCAUCACAUGGGGCAAGGUGGUGUCCCUCUACUCGGUGGCUGCGGGGCUGGCUGUGGACUGUGUGCGACAGGCCCAGCCUGCCAUGGUUCAUGCCCUGGUCGACUGCCUGGGGGAGUUUGUGCGAAAGACCCUGGCUACCUGGCUGCGGCGGCGUGGCGGAUGGACCGAUGUCCUGAAGUGUGUGGUCAGCACCGAUCCCAGCCUCCACUCCCACUGGCUCGUGGCCGCGCUGUGCAACUUUGGGCGCUUCCUGAAGGCCGCCUUCUUUGUGCUCUUGCCAGAGAGAUGAGUGCCUGCCUGGCACUCUGUGCCCAACCGGGGAGCCCUGCAGCACCUGGACAGCCCUGUCCCCUCCCAAGCCCCAAGCCCCAAGCUCCAGCCCUUCUCUCAAAGCCACUGCCCAAGUGCCAAGGGCAGCCCCAGGUUCUGCCCAGAAAAGGCCAUAGCAGGAUGCGAGCUGGCCUCGGUCCUCAUGGGCAGCAGGCUCUGCACUUCCAGGCUGAGGACCUGUGUGCUGACUGCUGAGCCCAUCCUAGAGACAGCAUCUGCCAUGAGAGGGUAGGGUUGUGGGUGGGCUCCAGAUGUGGACAGGAUGGUCUGUGGGAGCUGAGCCAGAGAGGCUUUGUCCUCUGCCGGGUAAGAAUGACCCACUUGCCCCUUGUGCCACUUGCAGAACCCUGAAAACUCAGACAUGGGAGGCUGGCCACCACCUUCUCCUUGAUGCUGUUUCCCAGGCAGGGCACGUGUUAAGUCCCACAGCCCCUGCCAGUCCUGCCAACUCAUGUGACAUGGCACUAAGAGGAAGACAUGUGGAAGAGCUGCUUCCUCCAGCUCCCUGUGCCCCAUGCAGGCAUCCCGCUCUGCUGCCAGGCUGUGUGCUGCAGGGGACUCAUGCAGUCCUGGGUCAGUGGCAGUCAACACGUUGAAAGAAUGCUGGGAAUAAACUCCAGACUGCUGUUCUCA